GUAUGCUCUGUCUGAAUCACAAAAGAACAUUUUUGGGUUUCAUAUCCCUUUAAAAUGACAUGCGCUAACGGAUUAGAACAUGUCUUUUUUAUUACACUAAUGGCCCUUAAAUUACCCUUCUUAUAUACCAUUGUAUUUUUGAAUAAUACUGAUUAGUGCACACAUAAUAUGCGUUCAUUGUUGCAUUUUUAUAUUUUAACUUUGUAAAUUUUAACAAUUUUGCUACAGUCUCUUUUUCAAUAGAUCAGGGUAUACAAAAAAAGCCAAAACACACACACACACACACACACCCAAACACACUCACAAACACACACGCUCACACACAAACACACACACACACACACACAAACACACACACACACACAAACACACACUCACACAAACACACGCUCACACACACACACGCUCAAACACACUCACACAAACACACGCUCACACACAAACACACACGCUCACACACAAACACACACACACACACUCACACAAACACACGCUCACACACAAACACACACACACACAAACACACAUACACUCACACACACACAAACACACACGCUCACACACACACUCACACAAACACACGCACACACACAAACACGCUCACACACAAACACAAACACACACACAUACACUCACACACACACACAAACAUACACACACACACAAACACACAUACACAAACACACACACACAAAUACACUCACACAAACACACACACACAAACACACACACACGCACACACACAAACACACACGCUCACACACGCACACACACAAACACACACGCUCACACACACACAAACACACACACACAAACACACACUCACACAAACACACGCACACACACAAACACACACACACACUCACACAAACACAUGCUCACACACAAACACACACACACACAAACACACAUACACUCACACACACACAAACACACACGCUCACACACACACUCACACAAACACACACACACAAACACGCUCACACACAAACACACACACAAACACACACACAUACACUCACACACACACAAACAUACACACACACACAAACACACACACUCUCACACAUACACAAACACACACACACACAUACACACACACACACAAAUACACACACACUCACACAAACACACACAUACACUCACACACACACAUACACUCACACACACACAUACACUCACACACACACAUACACUCACACACUCACACAAAUACACACACACACUCACACAUACACUCACACACACACACUCACACACACAUACACACUCACACACAUAGACACACAAACACUCACACACAUACACAUACUCACACACACACACACAUACACACAAACAUAAACACACACACACAGUCACAUACACACACACACACAGGAUUCACUGUCUCUCUUCCACAAUGCUUUACGCAUUUCUCAUAGAAACGUGAAACAGACAAGAUGGUUAGACAAAUACAUUAUUUUGUUUUAUAUUAGUUAGAUUACAAACAUGAGCAUAAUCAAUAAACAAAAAAUUAAAAUGUUACUACAGUUCAUUGUGAUAGUAAAGUAAAAGGGUGUCACCUCUGUAUGUAAUAGUUCCCUGAAUCUUUUUUUUUUAAAACAACCCAGAAAUUAAAUUCUCAACCUCAGAGGAAGUGACAACAAAAACUGACAUUUUCCACAAACUGAAGCAAGAACUUGCAGUCACUUCUGUGAAAUGUGGCUGACCUUGAUAAAAUGUCAAAAUCAACCCUGGUGAAAUUACUAAUUGCAAUAAUUGUUAUGUUUAUUGUUUGUAUUCCUGAGCUGUUGAAAACUCCAGAAGGUAAGCUUUUAUAUGUGAAAUUGAAUGCUUCAUUUUACAGCAACUCCCCUUCCUUGUACAUCAUUUGACCCCUGUUAGUGAGUACACUAGUGAGUAUAACUUCUAGCAAAGGAUGCAAUCAGUCAUUUUACAUUUGUGGAAUUGGUGCUUUUUUAGGUGGCAAAAUCCACAGGAAAAGAAAUGUAGAUAAUAUUUUCUAUCUGACAAGGCAGAUUUUAAGCCACUUUUCUCAUAUCAGAUCUCAUAUCUUUGGGCCUUUAUAACUUUUGUGUGCAAUAUUUUUUGAAUAUUUUUUUAUUAGACAGUGUUAUUAUGAGUGUAACUAAACUUUGUAACGUAUUUCUGAUGUGUUUUGCGCAACUUUUAUGUUUUGCAAAACAGCUAACCAGAGCUCUGAAGUCACGGUAAUCAUUCUAGCGUAAAUUGGGAUUUCAACUCGUAAUACGAGCACUAAGCCCGAUAAACGCAAACUCUUGCAAUAUACCACUUAUUUCUCGGGCACAAACGUUUGUGCUCCACUUGUAAUCUAGCUCACAGUAUUUCCAACUGUUAAACAUAAUUAUAACAAUGUAUAUAUAGCUGAGAACUAGAUAUGAUUACAACAAAUAAUAUUUUGAUGGAAAGACAAAUGUUACAUAAGCAAAAUGUUAUGGCAAGUAUAAAUAUUUCCGUAGACUUCAACUUGCGGUGUCAGUAAAAAUGUAAUACAUUUUAAUUAUUAAUUUAUUUCUUUCCAGUUCAUUUAUUGGACUUGUCUUGCACAUACAUCACUUCCAAUGAUAAUUCAUAUCUGCCUUUAUUCAGUAAUGUUUCAUUUAUGUGUUCACUGGAAGGAAAAGAUCAUGAGAGCAAUAUUUUGGAAUCCCUUAUGACACACAACCACACCAUCUCUAGGAUAAGCCUCAAAAUUUGCCCAAAUUCAUCUCAUUAUCACUCUGAACUCUUAAUGUGUUAUACUGAAAAAACAGUACAUCCCAUUUAUCAUUUGCUGGAGACUCAAGGCGAGAAAGUAAAUGGAUCAUUACAAAUAAGAAGAACAUAUUUCGUUUACUCCUAUGAAGACUUUCACUUUAUUUUUAAGGACACUGAAGAAGACAGACAGCUGUUAUCCACUUUAACCAUUGAUAUAUAUAUUAGAAAUAAUACAGAUAAAGGAGAAAAUGCAACAAUAGACAGCAGACUUUUCACUUCCCAGGCUUCUGUUAUGAAGAUAAGUCAGGAUAUUGUCAAUAUAUCAAUGGAGUUUGAUAUUUAUAUACCAUAUUACAAGGACACUCUUGGUAUUCUAUGGAUUUUCCUUAUUGUGGUUAUUUGUGGAGCUGUCAUUUUUGCCAUAAUCUUCAAAUCAAUAGAAAGGAAAAAUUCACAUCUAGCGACAUUCUACAGGUUACCUCGUCUACCUAUAGUCCGCGAAGGGGACCGAUCUGUACAAGAACCUAUGGAUAACCAGCGAUUGUGCCCAACAUAUUCACUUCCGACUAUUUCUGAAGAAUAAGAGGGAUCAUAAAGGUGGUUGAGAAUUGUAUCUAACAUCAUCAGUGAAAGAAACCUGAUGGGCUUUAUGACCGUUAAAAGAAUGUUGUGUGACUACUGUCAAUACCUUAGACACAGAGAUGUAUCAUGUCAAUUGUGCAUUAUAUUGCAGUGUGUGAGUCUCUCCUACACAUCCAGAAGAUAAACAGCUCUCUUAAA